AUGGUGGGUCAAAAGAUUGUGAUCAACCGUGUCAAAUCCUGCUGUAAGAUCAAGAAGCAGCAGCAACUCCGACUUGCCUCAAUCCAAUUGCCUGUGGAGAUCAUCUUGAUUUCAUAUGACCUUACUGGGUCCCUCGAACCUGUAGGCGCGGCGGGAAGGCAUGGUAGAAAGACAUCUCUGCCCAAUAGCAGAGAACCAGACAUGGAAAUUAAGGAAGAGCUGAGAAGGAAACUCCAUCAAGCCAUGAAAGAAAAACUGGAUUUAACUGCUGAACACAAUGAAGAACUAUCAAAAUGCCUAAGUCAGAUUGCCAAGUUGCGAGCUGCAGUUGAGAAAGGUGAGGCUGUUAGACAGAGUCUGGAGUAUGAGCUUGCUGUUGCAAGGAAAAAAGCUGGUUUGGAAUGGUGCUCAGCAGAGGACAAGUUAUGUGACGCAAACAAUCAAAUUGAACAACUUCAAGCAACAAUUACAGCUUUACAGCAGAAGCUGAAUGAGACCGAGAGAGCCUUUCAUAUUUCUCAGCAGCACUGGGAUGACAAACAGCAAAGACUUGUAAAUGACAUAGCUGAAAAAGACGUUAUUAUCAAGUCCUGCAAUAGUGAAUAUGAAUUACUCUUGAAGGAGAGGACAAAACUGGACAAUAUGUUGAAGGACACCUUGGAGCACCAGGAAGAGCAGAAGAACAUGAUACAGUCAGAGAUAAGGGAGGUGGCAGGAGAGGAGUUUAGGUGUCAGGCAGAGCGGUGGAAAGCAGAAAGACGUGAACUCCACUUUCUGUUGCAGGAAAAAAACAGUGCAAUACAGAGUGUUCACCAGAAACUGCAGGAUCUGGAACUAGAACACAGCAACUGUUCUGAAGUGAUCAGGCGGCAGAACACGGAACUUGAAUUCAGUGCUGAACAGCAAGCUCGACUUAAAAAAGAACUUGACGCAGCUACGGCAAGAAUAAAGAAGCUGGAAGAAAACAUUGAAGCAGAAAGAGCCGCACAUCUGGAAUCAAAAUUUAAUUCUGAAAUAAUUCAGUUAAGAAUCCGAGACCUGGAAGGAGCUUUGCAAGUGGAGAAAGCCAGCCAAGCUGAAGCACUUUCUGACUUGGACAUUUUCAAAAGCAAGUUCAAAGAAGUAGAAAAUGCCUAUGAGAGGGAAAAACGAAACGCACAAGAGAGCUAUGAAAAACUCAAUUUACUGGAAAGGGAUUAUCUCUCCAUAAACAAGCAGCUAAAGGAAGAGAUAGAGGAAAAGAGGAAAGCAAUUACAGAGCUCUCACAGAGACUGCAGGAUAAUGAAAAAAGUUGCAAAGAAUUACAGGACGAACUUCUACUGGCCAAGAAGUGCCAGGGCUUCCUAACAGAGACGUGCAGAAACAACAUGAGAGAGCUAGAGUUACUCUUGGACAGCUUUACUGUGUCAAGCCAGCGGACAGCAGGCACUCGCAAGGACAAAGAUAAACCUCUGAGCUUCACUCUUGUCCUUGAGACUUUGAGGCAUACCUUGACAGAUUACCAGAACAAGCUGGAAGAUGCAUCUAAUGAGCAAAAGAAAAUGAAGAUUUUGUGUGAGAAGAUAGUGAAAGAGGUUGAUUCUUCGAAACAGCAGCUAAGAUCUCAAACACAAGAACUCCAGGAUGCCGAAGAUAAACUUGCUGAGGUCAAUAAGGAGUUAAAUCAUCUGCAUGCUAAGUGUGCAGAUAGAGAUUCUCUAAUAGAUACUUUAAAAGUGGAAUUGCAGAAUGUAUUACACUGCUGGGAGAAGGAGAAAGUGCAUGCCACAGAAUCUGAAAAUGAAAUCCAGAGGCUUACGCAGGCUUACCAGAAGGAUAUGGAGGAGAAGCUAACCUUCCUCCAUACCUUAUAUCAGCACUUGGUAGCCGGCUGCGUGCUUCUGAAACAACCAGAAGGCAUGCUGGAUAAAUUCUCCUGGCCAGAGCUUUGCACAGUCUUGCAGGAGAAUGUUGAUGCCCUGAUCUCAGACCUCAACAAGGCUAAUGAGAAGAUAUCUCACCUUGAAUAUGUUUGUAAGAACAAGUCAGAUGCCAUGAAGGCGCUUCAGCAGACUCAAGAAGACACAUUUAACAAAGUAGUUGAGCAGAUGAAAGCACAAGAAAGCUGUUGGCUGAAGCAGAAGAAAGAAUUGGAACAGCAAUAUUCUGGACUCCUCGGGGAAGUUCACGCAAGGGCACAGAAAUAUCAAGAAAUGGCAGAAAAAGCCAAAGAGAAAUUUGCUGCUGCAGAAAAAGUGCAGGAGGAAUUGUUCCUUGAAAAUUCGCACUUGAAAAAUGUAUCGACAAAGACCGAAAAGGAGCAUACCGUUUUGCUGGCAGCUUGUGCCUUGUUAUCUGGUGCCUUGUAUCCACUCUAUAGCCGGUCCUGUGCCUUAUCCACACAAAGGGACUUUCUUCAGGAUCAGCUCAACACCUGUGAAGUUUUCAAGCAUGAGAUUAGGACGUUGGCCAAUGCAUUGGCGAAUACUGAGGAAAAGAAGCACUGUGAGGACAAGGUGCAGAAGAAAAGGCGUUAUAGAGGCCUGAUACGUCUCUUCCGUAAAGGCGUAAUUGCAGUGCUAGCAGCCAAUAGGCUUCAGAUGCUGGGCCAGUCAUGCAGUGCCCUUUUCUCCUGGGUGGAUGGCUUUAGAGAAGGCAUAGGAAUUUUGGUCUGUAUAGGAGACUCAGAGGAUGCACAGAAUCUGUCAAGGCAAGAGAAGGAACAGAUCUAUUCUCUUCAAGCUUUGAACUGGUUUACUAGUCCUGACCUUCUUGCAUCAAUCCUGAGUUCUAUGGUAGAGCUGCAAGAAGUUCUUAGCAGAACAGAUUUGAAUUCCUGGCUUUCCAGACAUUUACUUGUAAGCGCAGCAAGGAAUUCUUUUUCAAAACUCAUGGACAAACUUUGCAUAAUGAUGGAAGUUGCCAUUUCAGACAGCAGCCGGAGCAUCACCUACGUAGAGAAAGACUCAUUAGUUCAGAGACUGGCUCGGGGGCUACAUAAAAUAAACGCACAAGCCCUUAAAGAAGGCAUAAAUGACGGAGUCCCUGUUACGAAAAGCAUAGCGUCCUUGCAGAAGCAAAUAUUUGAAUUUACACAAAGGCUGCAUACAGCAGAAGUAGAACGGCGGUCACUGCGCUUAGAGCUCACAGAAUUCAAACGGAAUUUGAAUGAGAUAAAGAAAGAGGCUGACAAAGCCCAGAGUCUGCAAGAGCAAUUAAAUACAUUUAAGCAAUCUAAAUUGAUCACCCACGAGAGGUUUGAAAGUGCAUGCGAAGAGCUGAAUAAUGCAUUACUUCGGGAGCAGCAGGCACAAAUGCUUUUGAAUGAGCAGGCACAACAGCUCCAGGAGUUGCAGUAUAAACUGGAAUUGCAUUCCAACGAAGAAGCAGACAAAAACCAAACCCUAAGUGAAGCUGUGAAGAGUCUCUCCGAGGCAAAGAUGGAGCUGAGAAGAAAAGAUCAAUCUCUGCGUCAGCUCAAUAGACAUCUUACCCAGCUGGAGCAGGACAAGCGUCGACUGGAAGAGAGCAUCCACGAUGCAGAGAGUGCCCUCCGCAUGGCAGCAAAAGAAAAAGACUCAAUUGCUACUUAUAUGAGAUCAGUGGAAAGCACUCUUCAGAAUGUCAGAGAUCAGAUCUCGCUGUCACGGACUGCGGCAACUAGGAAUGACUUCACCCUGCAGCUACCUAAGCUGCACCUGGAGACCUUUGCAAUGGAAGGCCUAAAGGGUGGGCCUGAGGUGGCAGCAUUCCAGGCUAUGAUGGUAAGUUUUAUGGACGUCUAUCAACUAGCGGGCUCCAGAGUUGCCACACUAGAAAGAGAAAUCGCAUCCCAUCGGCAUCACAUUGCAGCUUUGAAAUCAGAACUCCAAACUGCUUGUCUUCGUGAAAAUGAAAGCUUGCACUCAGAAUCACGGAACAGUGCAAACAUUCCUUCAGCUUCGAGACCAGCAUCCCAGUUUGACCAGGGUAGCAUCUUGGAUUUUUUGCCACUGAAGGCUGAGUCAGAUUAUGAUGCAUCUUUCCCCAUGAUACACAAUAGAUCCAGUUCUCAGGCUUCUUCAUCUUACUCCUCUACCCGAAAUGUCACAGCCAGCGCCAAACGAACAAUGCAAAAUGGACGUUAA